GGUAAGAGUCUGUUCGUGGGAAUUUUUCUGUGAAGCGGUGCGCGGAGUCGAGCUCUGCAGCCAUGCCGCCGAAGUUGGGGAGGUUCGAACUGACGGUGGACGAGGCAACGAUUUAUCGUGGAGGGCCAGCCAUCGGCACAUUAGAGCCGUACGUGGUGGUGGAGUACGGAGCGCAGACAGAGCAAACCAUCAGCAGGAAGGAAAAGGGCGGGAGAGUGAAAUGGGGUCACAGGCUGGAGUUCAAAACGGAGCAUGCCACGCGCAUGGAGCUCAAAGUGUAUCAGUCCAACACGAUUUCACUGAACUAUAUCAUUGGCACCGCCAGUCUCUCGUUAGAAGACUUGGUUGAUGCCGGAGUGGCGUCGGGAUACGAGACGCAAAUGAAACUGCUGAAGGGGUUGAAACAGGUAGGCAACCUCAAGGUGCAGGUGAGCUACACUCCGCCUGCGACGAAGCCCGGCUCCCCACAGCAUGCCCCGCCGCCGGCGCCGGCGCCUCAGCCUCGGCCCGUUAUCAUUGUCGCUCCGCCUCCGCCUUCGCCUCCGGCGCCUCAGCCCCGGCCCGCUGUCAUUGUGCCGCCGCCUCAACCUGCAGCGGCGGCACACCUUCACUGCCCUCCUGUAUACCUACAUACCAACCUACAUACCAACCCGGCCGUACCUACAUACCAACCUACAUACGAACCCGCCGCGUAUGCGCCUCCGCCUCCGCCUGCGGGCGCUUAUUACGCCGCUCCGCCGGGGGGUCAUUACUCCGGGGCUGGCUACGCAAGUAGUGGUGCCAGCUCACACCACCUGCAUGUCUGUUACGACAGCCAGCACCGGCAUGAACGCGCUGGAGCCCACUUGCACCAUCAUAGCGGUCCUGUCCCGGCUUAUUGCUGGAACCAGCCGGCUGAGACGAGCACAGCGAGCUCGACGUCGUAUGCUCCUUCGGCUCCCAGAGCUCUAUAGAAUUAUUAUUUAUAGAAGGGAUAAUUGGUGGAAAGCGCCCACGGGGAAACCUUUUUUUUUUUUUUUUUUUUCUCCUCUAAAUUUCACCUCACACUACCUACCUACCUACCACUUCCGCACCCAAACUUCUUCCGUUUAGCAAAGAAAAGGCAUGCCAGAAAAUGAAUCUGGCGCAGCUUGAGCGCCAGGUUCGUGAUCCCGUAGAAGAAGGAAGGAAGGGGCCAAGUCGGGACCCAAUCUGGGCCUUCAGAUUAGAUUUGUACAUCUGACGGCCGGGCAAGAAAAGGCAUACCAGAAAAUGAAUCUGGCGUACGUGG